CCCUGUCACUGUGGAGGAAGCGAGACUGUUCGUCGGGGUUGGCGUGGUUUUUCUGUCAAUACUGGCUCCACCAUGUCGAAGGUUUCCUUUAAGAUCACGCUGACGUCGGACCCGCGGCUGCCUUACAAAGUACUUAGUGUUCCUGAAAGUACACCUUUCACAGCAGUCUUAAAGUUUGCAGCAGAAGAAUUUAAAGUUCCUGCUGCAACAAGUGCAAUUAUUACCAAUGAUGGAAUAGGAAUAAAUCCUGCACAGACUGCUGGAAACGUUUUUCUAAAACACGGUUCAGAACUGCGAAUUAUUCCUAGAGAUCGUGUUGGAAGUUUUUAAUGUCUGCUACUUGGAACAUAAGAUUACAUUUCAAAAUAAAUAUUGGUAUUUUUUUGUUGUUGUAAAAUUGAAAUCAGGCAUUUACCAUACUAUGAGUACACCAAGGAUCAAUGAAAUAAUGAAAGGUGACUUUUCGUCCCUUUUUAUUGUUUGUACUCUUUAUGUGAAGAGGAAAUGCUUAUGAAUUGAGUGUAUUACCACCACAGAAGAUCAUGUAGUCUUUGAUUACUACCUCACAACACAAACCGGUAGUUCAUUUGGGGUAAAUGGAUUAUCCAACUGUGUUUUAUAACUGGAGGAUGCUUCUGAUAAUUCUUUCUGAGAACAUUUGGAAAAUUAAAAUGUACUGAAUCUUACAUAUUUGUCUGAGUUAAACAUGUAAAAAGAUUUUGGAUCGUGAAUGGCUGAUUGCUUGAUAAUUCGAUUCUUAAUUACAUAGUUUAUGUUAAAGCGAUAGACCAAUCAAUGAAUAGUUAACUAUCUUAAAUUUUCAUCAUUUAGGUUUUUUGAAAUUUUAAAUCUCGUGUCAUAAAAUUCAGUUUCAUAUCACAAAAUUAAACAUGAACUUUUAAAUCUAA